CUACAUCACGUCGAAAACCAGUCCAAGUCUUUCAACGCCUGAGACGAUAACACAAUGGCCUUCAAUCAGAAUUUCCUCAGGGAGUCUCAACAUCAAGGCCGUCUGAUGAAGAAAAUAAAAGAAAAGAAGAAAGAAGAAAGAUCUCAGUAUGCUGUGGACCCAAGUGGCUGGACAAGGGCAAAGGGACUCCCAUGUAACACCAGGCUGCAGCAGAUGGAUGGCCAUUUCCGGAGGGUGGGACUGGACCGUGUGUCUGCCUGGGGGGUCACCAGCCAGGAUCCCGAGAAGUUUCGCCGUGUGCUGAUGGAGAAAAGUAAAAAGAAGAUCAAAGUAAUGGACUUCAUUGAGAAGAGGAUGAAAUCAUAUGACGUUAAUCCUCAGGGUCUUUCGAAAUAUACAGACUUCUUGCUGCAUGAUUGUUAUAGGCUAAGAAAUGUACAUUCCAUUAAGGAUUUUACUAUCGAAGGAAUUUUACAGCAGGAGGUUUCUGUCAUAUUUACCUUUGAAGACAUGAAGCUUGUUGCUUAUGUCUGUCUUAUGGGUAAUUGGAAAUACGAGAAGGAUUUUGCUUUACUGCCACUGGAUAUGCGCAAACAAUGUGCUAAGAUACUUCCUUCUGCUAUUUUAAGUAAAUAUGGACCUCCCUCCAAGAUGGGAGGAAUCUACAGUAUUUGUCAUCCAGAUGGGGGGGGUGUUGAUCCAAGUUCCAUUUUUGAAGAAAGAAAGUGUCUCGUUAUAUUUCCCAAUGAUCUCCAGUUGAUGAAUCGAGAAUUGAGGUAUAUAUCAUGUUCCUUUAAUAGACCUUUGGGCUGCAUAAUCUUUGAGGAAAUUUGCCGGUUCAUAAACAGAGCAUCGCACUCUGCUGGCGUCGUUUAUUUUGAAUCUCAUGGAAAAAUACGCAGGGUGACUGAAUAUAACGUUUCCACAUACUCAGUAUUAGAGUAUUUGUUCAAAGAGAGGAUUGAAAUGAAACGCGAAAGCAAAUAUACAGUCUCCGUCACUGAAGAAUGUCGGUUUCUGCUUGGUGCUUCAGUUUGUUGCAUUUGUGUUAACGGCCUCCCAGAAGGUACAGGCUUCUUGCUGUUUGAUCGUUAUAUCCUAACAAAUGUACAUGUCAUUAAGAGUAUUAGUAACGAAGGAAUUUUAAAGCGGGUGGUUUCUGUCAUGUUUACCAUUGAAGACAUGAAGGGUGGAACAUACUUCCUCCCUUUAAACGUAAAACAAGAGGUUGUUGCUUAUGUGUGUAGUGAGGAAAAUUGGCAAUGGGAAAUGGAUUUUGCUUUACUGGAACUGGAUCUCCAGGACCAAGAGCCUCAGAUACUACCUCCUACUCUUCUAAGUACAUAUGGACCUCCCUCAGAGAUGGGAGGGAUCUCCAUUUGUGGUCACCCUGGUGGUGGGGGAAAAAGGAUUGAUGAAAGUUCCAUCAUUGAAAAAAAUUACCUUGUUAAAGAUCCCAAAUAUGUACAGGGUACAUUAUUGCAUUAUCACACAACUAUGCGUCAUGGGUCCUCGGGCUCCCCCAUCUUUGGGGAUAAUUCACAUUUGCUAGGCAUGCACACUGGUUACCUCAAUUUAAUUAAUGGAAGCGUGACUGAGUUUGGCAUUCCCAUGAACUUUAUAUUACAGAAUUUGCUCCUACAGAUGAUAGAACAAAAUAAACGUGAACCUCUGUUAAAAUGUAUCCGUGAAGCAAUGAAGGGAGGACACACCAUUGUUGUCAUUGCCAAAGUUAUCUGGGAUAUGUUAGGGAGGCAAGAUGUUGAGGGUGUUUUAUCAGCCGUCAUCACUACUGCAGAGACGUGUUAUGAAUUCCAAGAGCUGUCUACCCUUCUUUAUAAUAUGGGGCAAACUGAUUUCAAGAAACUGAUGAUCUUGCAACGUUAUUUUCCGAGUUUCAUUGGGAGGACAACACAAUGAUGUACUGUAGGUUGACUGUGGGAAACCAGAGAACCCUCAGCAGAAUUAUUGAAUCCUGUGCCUAGGCCACUGUAUCCAUCUGUUUCAGGACCACUACGAUUGUUCUGGUACUUGUCUUUCCCAACUGCAUUUCUUAAGAUUGA